AUGGCUGCCCUCGGAGACGACGGCUACUUCAAUCUCGGGACUUACCACCGCCCCAUCACAACCAAAAGCCCUGAUGCUCAGCGAUGGUUCAGCCGAGGUCUCAUUUGGGCCUAUGGCCUCAACCACCAAGAGGCAUCCAACUGCUUCGAAAAGGUCAUCCAAGCAGACCCCGACUGCGCCAUGGGGUACUGGGGCCUAGCAUACACUCGCGGUCUUUAUCACGACAAGGCGUGGCGCUUAUUUGACCCCGAAGAAGCAAAAGUAGGCAUCAGAGACAGUUACAACGCAUCUCGAAUUGCGCUGAAGCUCGCGGGAAGCGCCAGUCCCGUCGAGCAGGCUCUCAUCCGCGCCAUCGUUGCACGAUAUCCGCACUCGGCUCCAACAGAGGAAUACUCGGACUGGAAUCGUGCGUAUGCCGACUCCAUAGAGGCCGUAUACAAACAAUUCAAUGAAGAUCUCGAUGUUGUCGUCUUCUAUGCUGAAGCCCUCAUGAGCCUUGCUUCUGGAGACUUGUGGGAUCCCAUCAGCGGCGAAUUUUUGCCUGAAGCUCGCACACUUGACGUCCAUGCAGCUAUCUCCAAGGCAUUGGCUCAGAAAGGAGCAAGCAAGCAUCCAGGCCUGCUUCAAUUCCACAUCCGACUCAUGGAAAGGUCACGAACGCCCGAGGUUGCCGUUUACUCGGCCAAUCUGCUGCGCAAACUCGUGCCAGAUAGUGGUCAUCUCAUACACGUAUCCUCCAUCAUCGACAUCCUGCUUGGAGACUACCGAAGUGCCAUUACGGCCAAUAUCACAGCUAUCAAAGCAGACGCAAAAUAUGUGGAAAAGGCUGGCCGCAAGGAUACGAGCUUGAAUGUCUACUAUCGCGUCAAACCAUAUCACACCGUGAUAUACGCAGCCAUGUUAUCCGGACAAUCCCAGCUAGCUCUAGACUAUUGCACUCGACUAGAAGAGUCUCUACCUGUCGAGCUUCUCGAAUUAGAAUCACCUCCCCUGGCACUCUGGGUCGAGUUCUGCUGGGCUCUCCGGAUCCAUGUGCUUGUCCGCUUCGGCCACUGGGACGAAGUCAGCCAGCUUGCCCUGCCGGAUCAACGACGUCUCUUCUGCACCACCGUCGCCACGAUCCGAUGGGCGCAACGCAUGGCUGAUGCCGCCCUUGGAACUGUGGACGAGGGUAUAGAGAGGUAUAUGGUGUUCGUCAAGGCCUUGGUUCGGGUGCCCUCUGCACGACUGACUUACCCUCACAAGAGCCGCUUACUGCUACAGACCUCCAUCUCGCUCCUGAGUGGAUAUCGUGAGUAUUGCAAGGGCAACUUUGUAGAAGCAUUUGAUUGGAUGCGUCAGAACAUCGAGAAGGAGGAUGGCUUGGUGUAUAGCCAGCCGUGGGGCUGGAUGCUGCCCGCUCGCCAUGUCUAUGGCGCGAUGUUGCUUGAGCAGGGCCGGGUGGAAGAAGCUGCCCAGAUUUAUGCGGAGGAUCUUGGUCUUGAGGGCACUUUGCCGCGAUACCGGCAGCAUCCGAAUAACGUUUGGGCUUUGCGUGGGUAUCAUGAGUGUCUAAUGUUGUUGGGACGGACGGCGGAGGCCAAGAUGCUGGAGGCUUCGUUGAGGUUGGCGACGCAGAUUGCUGAUGCCCCUAUUCAGUCUUCCGCUUUUUUGAGAAACCCGGCCAAGGAAGUUUCUGAUGAAGAGAAGAAGGUUGCUCUUGUUGAAGAGAAUUUCUGCUGA